CGCGGGGAAGGAGCACGUAUAAAAGGCCAGGAGCUACUGCUGGAGGCUGCGCUUCCUCCAGGCAUCUGACUGAGGCCCAGACCUACUGAAGGAAAACUCCCAGGCAUCUUCCAGAAAUGGCAAAGGUUUACAAGAAAACAAGUGGAAACGGAGGACUGACCCUCUACCUCGGCAAGAGAGACUAUGUGGACCACAUUGACAAAGUGGACAUAAUCGAUGGGGUCGUGAAGCUGGACACCACCGACUUUGGAGACAGGAAAGUGUUCGUGCAGCUGGUGUGCGCCUUCCGUUACGGCAGCGACGACCUGGACGUAAUAGGCCUGUGCUUCAGGAAGGACAUCUGGAUCACCCACGUGCAGCUCUACCCCGAGGGCACCAAGCCCCCUCUGAGCGCCAUGCAUGAAACCCUGCUGAAGAAGGCGGGGGACAACGCAUACCCCUUCAGCUUCGAGAUUCCCAACAACCUGCCGUGCUCGGUGUCUCUGCAGCCUGGGCCUGAUGACAAGGGGAAGGCUUGUGGUGUCGACUUUGAGGUCAAGACCUACCUCGCUUUGGAAAAGUGCAACCCAGAUGAGAAGAUUGAAAAGAAGGACACCGCUCGCCUUGUCAUUCGUAAAAUCCAGUACGCCCCCUCUGAGGUGGGCGAGGGGCCCAAGGCCGAGAUCUGCAAAAGCUUCAUGAUGUCCGACAAGCCCGUUCAUCUCGAAGCCUCCAUGAGCAAAGACCUCUUCUUCCACGGGGAGACGAUCCCAAUAAAAGUCAAAAUCAACAACGAGAGUAACAAAACUGUCAAAAAAAUCAAAAUCACUGUGGACCAAACCACAGACAUUGUCCUCUACUCAGCAGACAAAUACACCAAGACCGUUCUGAGCAAAGAAUUUGGAGAGACGGUGGAAGCCGGGAGCACUUACGAGAACACUCUGAGCAUCAUCCCCCUGCUGGCUGAUAACAAAGAGAAGAGAGGCCUGGCGCUGGACGGAAGACUGAAGGAUGAGGACACCAACUUGGCCUCCACCACCAUGCUUAAAAAGAGUAUUGAAAAGGAGGUGCUGGGAAUCCUGGUUUCCUACAAGAUUAAGAUCAACCUCAUGGUUGCAGGUGGAGGCCUGCUGGGCGGCCUCACAGCGAGUGACGUGACGGUGGAACUGCCAUUGCUGCUCAUGCACCCCAAGCCUGAAGAGUAAAGACUGUGCAACGUGAAGGAUGUUGCCCUGGUGGUUGAGAAGAAACCCACAACACAGGAAGACAGUGGGAGGAAGCGACACAAAGCGACAAGGAUGUGACUUGUGUAAUAAAAUCAAAUAACCAUCAAAUAAAAAGUGGCACACCAGGAGAAUGUGUACCGAGGGCGCCUCUCUCACCUCACAAACUGUGUUGCUCUUCUUCUGUUGUGUAAUUAGUUGUUAGCUGUAGAGUGAGUAUUGUUAUUACAAGCUGGUAUCCAACCAAAGACCUGCUUCUAAACACACACUUCAGGAAUAAAACUCUCCUUAGAGUACGAAUGGG